UCAUCAAAACUCCCGCUGAGACAACAGGAGAAUGUGGAUUGGCAUUUUACUCUGACGCCACAUAUGUUUGAAGUCGGCUGGGAAGUGAACGUUAGAUGUGUUUGGCACUGGUCAAUUGGCAUGAAUUCUUCAAACGCACUUUAUCAUGAUUCGGCUGGGGGCAGCUCAUCUCAGCGCUGUGUUAAUCUCUACAGAGCCCGGGGCCCUGAAGUCUGUCCGUAUCUGUCUGCUGUGAAAAAUGUGCUAAAGCUUGAGUAUUAGGGCUCCUAGCUACGUGAACUCAGGCAGGGUGUGCGUAUGCAUAUCCAAAGAGGUGUGUGGGUGCCAGAGAAGCUGACCGGAAUGAGAACACGACAGGAGCCCUUGACCAAGACAUGUUUUAUUUUCACUGCCCAACUGGUCUGCCUCUUUUCAUCUAUGGAUCCAUGGCAUCGUCUUUCUCCAUAAAGACAGUUUUCUCAGCUGUUCCAGGUGCCAGACGGUUCGAUGGCAAUCUGAAGGAGAAGGAAGAGGAGUUGUGCUCAAUUACACGUUGGAAUGAGAGCAGAUUGCCACUGUACACAACAAAACUGGUUAGUUUGAUUUCCUUGUGUUGAUAGCACAAUGCAGCCCUGAGUGAGAAUGGUGCAUAAUUACAGUGUACGUCUGACCGCCGUACUUCCUAAAACAUGAUUUGCUGCCUGUAUGUCAUUUGGCUCUACAGAAAUGUAAAUCAUAAUUAGCAAAAACAAUGAGCGGCCCACAGAACUUUUCAGAAUCACGUUAUCGGUAGCUUCGUCAUCAUUUGUGUUUUUUCUCCUCGCAUCCGUUUUAACUGAAAUCACGACCAUUUUUAGAGCUAUGACGUGAGCGUCGUGGCGCAGUCCUCCCCACCGGCACAAAGUCUGGUUUGUUGGGGGGUUAACUACUCAAUGCUUUUGUUAGUUCCUAAGCCACCCACUCCCCCACCCUCUCCCCUCCAUCCUCCAACUGCUGCGUCAGUAGGGGACUGGAACGAGAGGUAUAUAAGGACCCUGCCACCUGAAGCUCUCAAAAACCAAGAUCUCUUUAGCUUUACUCUGCACCAGGAGCUACAAGGACUUCGAAGUUCCUGCUUCACUUCUCUUACUGACCUUUCUGCGCACUUUAACUUCAACUGUUUUGUCAGUAUGCAGCUUUUGUCCAGCUUAGUGUCUCUUUUGCUGGUGCUGUAUAGUGUCAGAGCAGCAGCUGUGCUUCCAGUGGAGGAGAGGAACCUGGCACAAAGUAGGGAGCUGAGCAAAGAGCGCAAGGAGCUGAUCCUGAAGCUGAUUUCUGGGCUGCUGGAUGGAGCAGACAACAGCGUGCUGGCUGGGGAGAUAGCGCCUGUCUCCUUGGAUGUGGAGGAGCCCCUGGAGUCCCGUCUGGAAGAACGGGCCGUCUACAACCGGUUAUCACAGCUGCCGCAGCGUGACCGCAAAGCCCCCUGCAAAAACUUCUUCUGGAAGACCUUCACAUCGUGUUAACGGCGCCAGUCCUGCAACGAUGCCGCGAUCCUACCUGAUACCUGACAUGAACUGUGUAGACCUCCGCUGUACAUAUCAUCUCCAGUGUCUGAAGAAAGGUCUCUGUGGACUUACUCUGACACAGUCUGUUUGUUAAAGACAUUGAUGAUGAUAUUUAUUUAUUUAUUUAUUGAUCGAUUAAGCUCUUUAUGGACCUUUGUUGUUUUUCAGCAUUAAAAAAAUAAGAAUAAAGCAUGGUUAAGAGAGUUGCUUUUUUGAUAAAAGAUGUCUCAUUUACUGUGGUCAAACAUCAAAUUAAUGUUAAACGGACUGAUGAAUAAAAAUAUAAUUGAUCACAGAGCUAGAUGCGUUAUGGAUGAUGUAAUAGUGCUACAUAUAAACGUUUUCCCUGAAGAACAAAUCACGUAUAGGCUGUUUGUUACAAGCUCAUCUGAAUGGCAUUUUCACAAGCUGUUGUUGUUUGACUCUUAAUACACCAGAUUAAUUGAUUGACAGUUUGUGUGGUGGUAAUUUUUCUUGUCAAUGAAUUAUAAGUAAUUGCAGUUGA